AACGAUCGCAACCCCGUUCGAACGCCACAGACUGGCUGUCUGUUUUUGUUUAAAGUGCGUGGAAAACGCAAAGAGAAUCAAACCAUUUUCCUUAUCUGUAUUAUUAAGGCCUUAAAUUGUUUUACAGCAACAAGCACCGAUAAAACGAGUAUCGCGCACAAGUAAAUUCUAGGGUCAUGUAAUUAAGGACACACUAGGACUAAGUUGCUCUGGUUCUUUGUUACAUUAAGAGCAUCUGUCACACAUAUAUGUUGCGAUGAAGUUUAUCUGGGCUGCAGAAGUUGGACAGACACAUAUUAACCGCGCAUGCGCAAUAACGCCGCCACCCAGCUCUGAAUAAGAGUUAAGAGAGAAACGAGAUAAAGAUGGCAGAGACAUCUACGAGUGAUGGUCCUGCCGCAGGAGCCGAUUUUGACAUGAUGAGCGCUCUUGAUUGGAAGGACGGCAUAGCCACUUUGCCAGGAAGUGACAUUCGGUUUCGGAUGACUGAAUUUGGCACCUUGGAGAUCGUCACAGAGGUGGAGCCCAAAGUUAAAGAGGCAGAGCUUACAGGCCCACAGCCUCAAACUACAGGCACCAGCAACACUCAUUCUUCUGAGCAAAACAAAACAUUAAAUCAGACUGCAAAGCCCCAGUCAAAUACAGAGCAUCAAACAAAUGCAGUGGUUUCCACUGACCCCCACAGGCAGGCAGAGAGCAACAACGCUGUGGAAAGCCCUAGUGUGAGUACAGUGCCCAAUGAGAUUGUUCCCAUGACUGAGACGACUGCAAACUGCAGGUCAUGUGGUCACUCUGGUUCACGCGAAUCCUUUCUACAAGGCAAAUAUUGCAGCGCUCCUUGUGUACAGCCCACCAGUGGCAGGUCAACCCCAGCUGAGGCUGCCGAAGGGGAACGUUUAGGUAAACGUGUGAGAAAGAAGAAGAAGAUGUUUAUGGAAUCUGGAGAUGAAGAGGAGGACAACAUAGAGGAGGAAGAGGAGAAGGUUAGAUCCUCAAAGGGGAGACGAGCAGCUAAAGUUGCUAGACUAGUGACUGCACCUCUGGUUAAGAAGAAAACCUGGAGUUGGUCAGCUUAUCUAGAGGAGGAGAGAGCCAUUACUGCUCCCUUGAAACUUUUUAAGGAGCACCAGUCAUUUCCUCAAAGCAGGAAUGGAUUUAAAGUUGGCAUGAAGUUAGAGGGAUUGGACCCCAGUCACCCUGCUUUCUUCUGCGUUUUGACUGUUGCAGAGGUGCAAGGCUACAGGAUUCGGCUUCACUUUGAUGGCUACCCUGAGUGCUAUGACUUCUGGGUAAAUGCUGACUCAUGGGAUGUGAAGCCGCCAGGCUGGUGUGAGAAAACGGGUCUCAAGCUAUUGCUGCCAAAAGGUAUCCAUUUUGAUGGCUGGAGUGAGGAGUAUGAUUUUUGGCUAGAUGCUGAUAGCCCAGAUCUGCACCCAGUAGGCUGGUGUCAGAAGACAGGUCAUCCUCUACAACACCCCAACGGUCCCAGAGAUUCUCCAGUGCCUCCAGGACAAGGCUGCCCAACCCCAGGAUGCAACGGAGUCGGACAUAUUAGAGGACCUCGGUAUGGGACACAUUACACGGUGGUGAGCUGUCCAUACUCAGAUGUGAAUUUGAAUAAGGACGGGCUGGUGCCGGACAGACUGAACGGGGAGAGGCCGGUCACGCUCAGUGGACCUCCGCGCCACCGCCGUGCUGAAAUGCUCACUCAGACGCACCCUCCCACACCCAGCGCCAGCACCCCUGAAGCCCCUGACACCACCACAGACGCCUGUCCACCAGCUCGCUCAGUGCGUGAGCACGUUGUGUCUGGCAGCGCUCCCAAAUGUGUCAAGCCACCUCAAGUGAAGCAGGAAGGUGACGGGAAAGUAUAUUAA